GUUGCAACGUUCCAAAUUAGAACGUUCGCGUCCUCGGCGUUCCAAGUGCCUUUUUUGCGGACCGGAUCGGAGCGCGCAGCCAGCACCAUGGCUGUCAAAAUCAGAGUGGUUUAUUGUGGCGCCUGAGGCUAUAGUCCCAAGUAUCAGCAGCUCAAGAAGGAACUCGAAAAGAAGUUUCCGGGCAAGCUGGACAUUAGUGGUGAGGGGACUCCUCAGGUCACAGGAUGGUUUGAAGUCACCGUGGCAGGGAAGCUGGUGCACUCCAAGAAGAACGGAGAUGGCUUUGUCGACAACGAUACCAAGCUGCGCAAGAUAAUUAUGGCCGUCACAGCAGCCUUGGCGUAAGGAUGGCUUUAAGGAGGCACCGAAAGGACAAUGGGUAGUAGAGCUUAAAGAAGCAUCUGUUUUGUUCACCUUGACUGAGCGCUUGAUGACGGGAGCUGCUGAAAUGUCACUUGACGGGUGGCAGUUCUCCGAAAACCUUCUGCGUGAAAUGUCAGCUUGAGCAAAGCCGGAUGCAGAAUUUGAGCUCUGGAAUUUGACACACCUGUAUGGAGAAUGGGGCUUGGCACUACCACUGCAACUCCUAACACCUUGGCAUUGUGUGUGUGUGUGCGCGUGCUGCAUGUGAUCUUGGCUUUCUUUGUACUUCUGGUUUAAAGAGCAGGUUUUCAUGCCAGUCACUGGUAAUGUAUUGGGAGGACGAGAAUUGCGGAGCCCCUUUCCCUGCUGGUUUAGGCUCUUGGGUGACGGGAUGCUCUUGAAUGCCUUCUGCUUCCAGUCCCCCCCCCAAAAAAAGGCAAUUGCUUCCAAUACGCAGUGGAAUCUGAUUUCAGCAAACUUGCCUUAUAAGUAACAAAUCCUAGACUUCCUAAAAGAUAAUUGAAAAGUACAAUUUUCUUCCUAACAGAAAAAUUUCUAACAUCUUUGUUGCAAGAUUUCUGUUCCCAUCGCUGCUGCCUCAGCUGAAUUGUGCUAUUGAAAGUGGAUAAACAUCUAAUAAAACAUUCCUUUCAAGAU